AACACACCCGAAGACGCCGUCAUUACCGGCGACAUGUCGACGAUGGGAUCCGUACGGCUCAUGGCUAACCGCACCACAGCCAAUCACCCACACUACGAGGAUCAGGCUAUUCGCCACAAGACAUAUAAGAUUGCGCACUGGUUUGGGUGGAGACCUGUGCAAGAGGUGCACGCUAUUCUGUCGGGCUAUGGGAUCACGCAUGUGGUGAAUCACCUGCCACCGUGUAACUACGCGCUAACGAAGAAGGGCACGGGAUAUGCGGACUUUGUGGAG